GCCGAUUUAACUCACCGGUUCACUCACUCGCCGGCUGAGGAAUGUUCUUGGAAGCCCCACUCUUAUUCGUGCACUGCGCCUCCUCCACAUUUCAAUUCCCCCUUUCUCCCUCCCUUAUAUAACACAAACCCCUCAACCUCCUCUUCCCUUCAUCUUCAUCGCCUUCCUUCCCACCAUAACAACAACUGCUCAGCUCUCUCUCCUUCCUUUCACUCUCAACUCACUUCCCACUACAAUUCACUCAAAAAAUGGCGGUUGCCCCAACCCCGGCCAUGUUCGACGCCGCCGCCGAGAAGCUCACCUUCGAGAUCUUCUCCAUCCUCGAGAACAAGUUCCUCUUCGGCGGAUACGACGACCCCAAACUCCUCUCCCCUGCCUCCGCCAAGCAUUCCUCCAGCAGGGUUAGGAUCCUCUCCAUCGACGGCAGCGGCUCCACCGACGGAAUCCUUGCCGCCGCCUCCCUCCUCCGACUCCAGACCUCCCUCCGCCAGAAAUCCGGCAAUCCCACCGCCGCCGUCGCCGACUACUUCGACGUCGUCGCCGGUGCCGGCGCCGGCGGCAUCCUCGCCGCCCUCCUCUUCACCAAGGGGAACGACGGCCGCCCCCUUUUCACCGCCGAGGGCGCGCUCAGGUUCUUAGUCGCCAACCGGAAGCGGCUCAACCGCAAGGGCGGCGUCCUCCGCCGGAUUUUCGGGUCGGGCAACCCGGCCCAGAAAGUGAUGGGCCGGACUUUCGGCGAAUCCACGCUCAAGGACACGAUGAAGUCGGUGCUGAUCCCCUGCUACGACCUCUCCACGCGCGCCGCCUUCCUAUUUUCUCGGGCCGACGCCGUGGAGAUGGACGGCUACGAUUUCAAGAUGAGCGACGUCUGCCUCGCCACGUCAGCCGACCCGCCAGUGGAGUUGCGGUCCGUUGACAGGAGGACCAGGAUCGUGGCCGUCGAUGGAGGGAUCGCGAUGAACAAUCCGACGGCUGCGGCCAUCACCCACGUGCUGCACAACAAGCAGGAGUUCCCUCUCUGUAACGGCGUCGAGGAUCUGCUCGUCGUCUCCCUCGGUAACGGCGAGUCCAACUCCGGACCCGACGGCGUCAGUUACCGGUCCACCCCGGCCCGAUUCGUUCGGAUCGCGGGAGAAGGGGCUUCCGACAUGGUGGAUCAAGCCGUAUCAAUGGCGUUCGGUGAGUGUCGGCGGAGCAAUUACGUCCGCAUUCAGGGCAAUGGGAUGAUGGGAAAGCAAACCCCCAAAAGCAAAAGAGGGAUUAAAAUGGCGGAUGGUGGGAAAGCGACAGAGGAGAUGCUGGCCCAGAAGAGUGUGGAGUCGGUGCUGUUCAAGGGGAAGAAAAUGGCGGGGAGCACCAACGUGGAGAAAUUGGAGUGGGUCUCCGGCGAGGUGAUCAAGGAGCAAGGGAAGAGGAAGACCAGCAUAUUGCCGGCGGUGGUGUUGAAGCAAGCGGGGACGCCGAGGACUUCCUCGGCAACCACGCUGUCCUCAUUGUCCUCCAGCUGCUGAUGGAAUUGGCGAUGAAUGAUGAUGGUUCUUGCUCCCCGCCACCGCCGCCGCCGCUCUGGGUCGGAAUUCCACCGCCGGGGACCGACAGUGAGCUGAGCUGGGUGGGAUUAUAGAGAGUGCAUUUUGAGAUUCUUUAUUUUUGAGGGAGGGUGUUUGUGUUAUUUAUUAAUUAAGGUGAAUAGUAAUAUUAGAAUAUACCUGAGUAAGUUGAGUGUGUGGGUGGCUUGUAAUGUGUGCACUGAGUAGAUAGAGAGCAGGUGGAACUGGAAAUUUGAUAGUGCAGGUAAAUUUCUUUUACCGCGGGAAACCAAUCUGUAUAUCUAUGUAUCGAAAAUUUCAUUUUAAAGUAAUGAAUCAUCCUUAUUAUAUAUAGCUUUUUUAAUACAAUGUGCCCGAACUU